AUGACAGGGGAACGACGACGAAGAGGAGGAGGAGGUGGAGGUGACAACAAUGUGCCGAACGUACACAAAUGCGAUCGAGGACGAUUGAGCAACAUCGUGAUGCUUAAGGAGGAAUGUGAUCGCUUACGUGCUCUGCUCAGUCUCUCACCUGAACCUAGCGUACCAAUUGGCGGACAGGAUGCAGGCGUACUUAUCCUCUUGGAUGGGUUACCAGACCAAUAUCGUGUCCUCUUGUGUAUUCGAUCCGAGGAAUUGAGAAGACAUCCGGGUGAAGUGUGUUUCCCCGGAGGAAUGCGCGAUAAUGGAGAGAAUAUGCAGGCGACAGCGAUAAGAGAAGCGGAGGAGGAAGUUGGCCUCACCCGAGACGAUUUCGUUCUUUUGGGAAGUCUUCCAGCGUUUAGAGCACGUUCUGGAAUACAUAUUCAUCCAACUGUAGCGUUACUAAGACGACCAUUCUUCCCGCAUCUGAACCCACAUGAAGUGCAGGACACUUUCUGGAUGCCACUCGAACGUUUCCUGGACAACUCACUUCAUAUGUCGUUCGUCCUCGACAACAAAUACGCAGUGCACAGUUUUUCGUUCGAAGAAGCGCACACGUUCGGUGUGACAGCGUUGAUGUGUAUAGUGACAGCGAUUGGUGUACACCAAAGGCUCCCACCAUACGAUCUGGCACCAUUGCUUCCCGUCUCACGUAUGGCUAAAAUGAGCCCAUCCGCUGUGAUCGCCGAAGUGUUCGAAUACGCUGGUCAGCCGUUACCCACACUUUCGAAGAUCUGA